AUUACAAGUGCUGCAGGAAGAGGAAAGUGAUAUAGAAGUCAUACGAAAUCAAAUUGCAGAGUGUCAAGUACCUUCAGUUAAGGAGUUUCUUCCAGAAGGACAAGAGGCAGAGGCUGUAGACACUGCUUUCACAGUUCAAACCCCUGUGGAGGAGUUCAAGUCCUCUUCACCUCUACAGGAGGAACUAGAGCCUGAGGAGCUUCUCGACGAGGAGGAGCCCAGGGACUCCAGUGACGCCGAAGAAGAACCUGAGCCGAUCACUCAGCAACCUCAGUCCAUUACCAGCACCUCUGUCUCACGAACUGAUUCACUGGUGGAGAGUACAGCUCCUGAAGAGGAAAGCAGUGUCCCUUCCAGAUGUGAUGUGCUGAAGAGGUGUUUCAUGCGUGUACCAUAUGCGUCACAGGCCCUUGACAACUUCAACCAGUUCCUGAAAGACAUUGACGUCACUUUGCCCAAAGUGCCUUCCAUGCCCAAUCUGCCCCCUGCUCUCUCUCAAAUCACCCAACAGCUGCCGUCACUCCCUCCUCAACUGGCACAGCUACCACAACAAAUUUCCCAGCGACUCUCCAAUAUCACCCCACAGUUCCCAAACCAGAUGCUUUUUAGUGCUCCUCAUUUUCCCAGCUUCCCCGUGCAGUUAUCCCGCCUCCCACAACAGCUGUCCAAAAUUCCGCAACAAAUUUCAAACCUCCCGCAAAAGGUAUCCAACUUUCCACAAAGGCUGACCAGCAUUCCAUGGUUUUCCAUCCUUCCGCAACAGGUCUCCAACAUUCCGCAACAACUCUCCAGCAUUCCACAAAAAAUAUCCAGCAUUCCACAAAAGAUAACCAGCAUUCCACAGAAGAUAUCCAGCAUUCCACAGUGUGCCCAGCAGUGCUACUCUAACAUUCAGAGCCGUCUCAACAAACUUAAGCCGGAACAAGAUGCCCAAGGAGCAACCGCAGAAGAGUAGGGAUCUGGAGUUGGACCAUCUCGUCCGCCAGUCCCCGCUCCAGUCCCCCCCUACCCCUUCACCCUCUUCCCCAAGCUCCGUCCUAGACUUACCCAAUGUGCCCUCUUACCCCCGUCUGCCACCCAUCACCCCUUCCAGGCAGUUGUCAGGCGUCUCCAACCCUGCCUUUCACAUUGAGGACGACCCGACCUCUGCUAGACCCUCAGUGAGCUCCAGACUGAGUGUGCACCCGGCCGUGAAUGUCGAAGAUGUCGACUCCGACCGAGGGAAAGGAGGAAGACGAUCUCGCCCCAUACCACCAAUAAUAAACCCACAGGACCCUAACCUCAAAACCCUCACUGUCCCUGGUGCCCGUAAAGCCAAUCGGACCAGUGCAUGCAGAGACCGAAAACCACAGACAAUUUGGACCAAGAUCAAGAGACUUUACUCACAAGAUGAUGAGGAAGAAGAGGAGUUAGAAACUGCAGUCCGGGCCUGGCCAAGCCAGAGUAGCAUCUCAAGUGCAGAUGACGGGCUAAAUCAACGGCCAGCCUCUUCAGCCAGCCAAACUAGUACUGUAGUAAAUGAGAGGUUACAAGAGCUGGUCAAGCUGUUCAAAGAGAGAACAGAGCGAGUCAAAGAGAAGCUGAUUGAUCCAGAUAACUCGGAUGAUGAAACACCACCUGCCUCCCCAGCUGAGCAAGCUCCAGCUCCUCCUCCUCCUCCUCCUGAACCUCCAGCAGAUCAGAAAACAGAACAGGAGGUACCCGAGGCCCCUGCUGAGAAAGAAGAGAAGAAAACAAAGGUCCUGUGCUGUAAAGUGAAACCUCAGUCCAAGAUUGGUCGGCUUCUGCAGUACGGUUUUCCAUCCAGCAUCGACCCAUUCACCAAUCUGAUCUACGUACUUUGGCUGUUUUGCGUGUCUUUGGCAUUUAACUGGAACGCAUGGAUGAUUCCUGUGCGUUGGGCAUUUCCAUAUCAAACACCAGAUAACAUCCAUGUUUGGCUGUUGAUUGACUACUUAUGUGAUGCCGUUUACAUACUGGACAUCCUGGCCUUUCAACCCAGACUGCAGUUUGUGCGUCAUGGAGACCUUGUGACCGGCAAGAAAGAGAUGAGAAAUAAUUACAUCAAAGCUGUACGAUUCAAGCUGGAUGUGGUCAGUCUACUUCCUCUGGAACUCCUCUACUUCAAAACAGGGAUUAAUCCACUUCUUCGCUUACCCAGGAUCCUGAAGUUCAUGUCUUUCUUUGAGUUCAACAAGCGUCUGGAAGCUAUACUGACCAACGCUUACGUUUACAGAGUUAUUCGAACCACCACCUACUUGCUGUAUGCCGUCCACUGCAAUGCAUGUCUGUACUACUGGGGCUCUUCAUAUGAAGGUCUGGGUUUCUCAGAAUGGACCUAUGAUGGGACAGGCAAUAGUUAUUUUCGCUGCUACUACUUCGCUGUGAAGACUUUGCUGACCAUUGGUGGUCUGCCAGAACCCACAACACUUUUUGAGAUUGUGUUUCAGCUCAUCAAUUACUUUAUUGGAGUGUUUGUGUUCUCCAUCAUGAUUGGUCAGAUGAGAGACGUUGUUGGUGCAGCGACUGCGGCUCAGACAAACUAUCGUGCCUGUGUGGAUAACACAGUGAAGUACAUGGCCUCCUACCGCAUCCCUAAAGAUGUGCAGAACAGAGUGAAAACCUGGUACAGCUACACGUGGCAGUCCCAAGGAAUGCUGGAUGAACAAGAGCUAUUAGAUCAACUACCCGACAAGAUGAGGCUGGAUAUAGCAGUGGACGUCAGCUACAACAUUAUAAGUAAAGUGCCACUCUUCCAGGCAAGUGCUAAAACUUAA